AUGGAGCUAAUGGAGCGGCCUCUGGCUGAUAGAAGUUACAGUCCUUUGGAAGCCCCCUCCGGACCAGAUAUAUAUUUUCAGCGCUGGUUAUGUUCACUUGCGCGGCAUGAAAGGACUCUGAAAAUCCAACUUAAGCGGCACAUGAUAGCUGCACACCACACUGAGAGCGUUCACACUGCUUUACUCAAAAAGAAAAUCGCCAAACAGGCAAGGACCAGGAGAAGGAUUGUAAUGCUGAGUAGAAAGCUCCGGACAGACCAAGGAUCCGGGCCUUGCACUUCUUCGGCAGGGUUCCACACCCCAGCCAAGCGAGCAGCGGCAGAGACUUCACAGCCUGCCCCAGUUGAGAGGACACUUCCGUCAUACUUUGGGCCCCCCUUGCACAAAUGCAAAUAUUGUGGCGCAUCACUAUGGUAUGAGGAGCGGAUUAAAAAGAACAGACACACCGCCAACCCACAGUUCACAUUUUGUUGUAUGGAAGGCCGUGUCAAACUGCCACUCUUGAAAGACCCACCCCCUUUCCUCAAGCAUCUACUUGGGCCUCACUCUGGAAAGCGCGGUAGGGAUUUCAGACACAAUAUACGGCCCUACAACUCCAUGUUUGCUCUCGCGUCAAUGGGAGUCCAGGUUGAUAAAUUGAUUAACAAGUCCAGGGGGCCUUUUGUGUUUCGUGCGGGUGGACAGAUUUACCACAACACGAGCUCAUUGCUCCCACCAACAGGUAAAAAACCCCGGUUCGCACAACUCUACAUAUAUGACACCGAUCAUGAGAUUAGCAACAGAAUUAACACACUACAGGCCCCAGAAAGAGAUCCAGCUAUUGACAGUAGUAUUGUCCAAGGUCUGACACAAAUGUUAGACGAGCAUAACAAUUUGGUUCGCACUUACAGAAAAGCGAGGGACAUGUUUAAAACACAGCCACAGGCCAAUUUUCGCUUGCGGCUACCUGAAGCCCGAGCCAGGGAUGGUAGACAGUACAACAUUCCAACAGAAUCUGAAGUUGGCGGGUUGAUAGUAGGUGACCUCACUGAAGAGAAAUUUGAGCGUGACGUUAUUGUGCACCAUCGUACUAAAGGAAUUACACACAUUGAUGAGUUACAUCCAAGUUAUAUGGCCAUGGCAUAUCCUUUAAUUCACCCUUAUGCUGAAGAUGGCUACAGGCUAGGUAUAACCUUAGCAGACAGGGGCUCCCAGAGUUUUAAAAGACAGGCACUUUCAAUGUGCCAAUAUUAUUGUUUCAGGCUCCAGCAAAGAACAAACGAGGGACAUACCUUGCUUUUAGCGGGAAGGCUCUUACAACAGUAUAUAGUGGACGCUUACAUGGCAGUUGAACAGGAAAGGUUUAGGUGGAUUCGGACCCAUCAAAGUGAGCUCAGGACAGAACUAUACUCAGGCUUGAUGGAUGCGGUCCAUCGUGGAGACUCGCACAGCUCCACUGUGGGGAAAUCAGUCAUCUUGCCAUCGUCACACACUGGUGGUCCACGUUACAGAGCUCAGAACUACCAAGACGCGAUGGCAAUUUGUCGAUGGGCAGGCUAUCCAGAUUUGUUCAUCACGUUCACAUGUAACCCAAAGUGGCCCGAAAUAAAUGACAUGCUUGCCCUGAUCGGGGAAAAAGAUGACUCUAACAGAGUUGAUGUAGAGUGCCGGGUGUUUGAGAUCAAGUUGCGGCAGCUCAUGCACUACAUCAAAAAGGAUCGGCCAUUUGGCGAGGUCAUGGCAUGCUUAUACACCAUAGAGUUUCAAAAAAGGGGUUUGCCGCAUGCACACAUCCUGCUUUUCUUGCACCCAUCAAUGAAGAAUCCUUCACCAGAAUAUAUUGACACCAUAAUAAGUGCUGAGAUACCAGACAUCAAUAUCGACCCUGAUGGCUAUAACGCGGUGAGGAAAUCAAUGCUUCAUGGCCCCUGCGGUCAUGGCAAUACAUCCUCUCCUUGUAUGCGACAGGGAAAAUGCACUAAAUUUUUCCCAAAGAAAUAUAAUGACAAAACCACAAUUGGAGAAGAUGGUUUCCCGGUUUAUAGGCGCAGGAAUACAGGUAUAUUCGUCGACAAAAAGGGCACCCACCUCGACAAUCGUUACGUCAUCCCUUACAACAGGGAUUUGUUGGUCAAAUUUGAUGCUCAUAUUAAUGUGGAACUCUGCAACAGUGCGAGAUCAAUUAAAUAUUUAUUUAAAUACAUUAAUAAGGGGCCAGAUAGAGCGACCGCGGUGAUUGAAACCACCGAUGAGAGGGAUGAAAUUAAAGCGUAUCUUGACUGUAGGUACAUAUCAGCAUGUGAGGCUUGCUGGAGAAUCUUUCAGUUUAGCAUCAACUACAGGUACCCGCCAGUUGAAAGACUCCCGUUUCACCUGCCUGGUGAACACACUGUCAUAUUCGAGGAAGACAAGUGCAUUGAGAAUGUGCUUAAUAUGCCCGGAAUAGAAAAAACAAAGUUCACAGAAUGGUUGGAGACAAACAGGACGAAUCCAGACGCCCGCAAUCUAACUUAUGUGGAAUUCCCCAGGCACUGGGUUUGGCAUUCAAAGGAUAAACUAUGGACCAGACGUAAAAAGGGAAAGGCGGUUGGGAGGAUCUACUACGCACAUCCAGCGAGCGGCGAGCGAUUCUAUAUGCGCAUGCUACUUAAUUUUGUGAAAGGUAGCACCUCAUAUGAGUGCAUAAGAACGGUGAAUGGGGUUACAUAUCCAACUUUCAAGUCCGCAUGCUACGCUUUAGGAUUACUGGAUGAUGACAAAGAGUGGAUAGAUUGCCUAUCCGAGGCUGCGAUUUGGGCGACAGGCAAUGAAUUGCGUAAUCUAUUUGUCACAAUCCUCAUCUUUUGUCAAGUUUCCAAUGUGCCCGAACUCUGGAGGACUCAUUCAGAAAUACUCUCGGAAGAUAUGCUUUACUUGCAACGGAAAAGGUUCCACGCUCCUGACCUGCAACUAACAAAGGAACAACUUGAAUCAUAUGCGCUGGUUGAAAUUGAAAGCCUGAUGCAGAAAUUGGGAAAAAGCCUGCAGGACAUAGAUGGAAUGCCGCGGCCAGAUUCAUCACUCACAAGAGAUUCGGGAAAUAGACUAUUGAAUGAGGAAAUGGAUUAUGAUCGAGCUGCCUUGAAGAUCUUGCAUGAAAAAUCACUAAAUGCUUUGAACAAUUGCCAAAAAACCGCGUAUGAUGCAAUUGUUCACUCUGUUCAUCAUGAUGAAGGCAAACUGUUCUUCAUCAGUGGUCAUGGUGGCACCGGGAAAACAUUCUUAUGGAAUACAAUCGCUUCGAGGUUAAGAUCAGAGUCGUUGAUAGUCCUCCCAGUUGCAACUUCAGGGAUAGCAGCAUUAUUACUACCCAAUGGUCGUACAGCACACUCCAGAUUUUGCAUACCAUUGGAUGUCACGGCAGAAUCCACAUGUGAGAUUAAGCAUCGUACGCAGUUAGCCCGGCUGCUCCAGAAAACUUCUCUUAUUAUUUGGGAUGAGGCACCGAUGACAAACAAGUAUUGUUUCGAAGCUCUCGACAAGACCUUGAGAGAUAUACUAAGCCCGCGUUAUGUAGACAGUCGGUCAAAGCCAUUUGGAGGCCUCACCGUGGUUUGUGGCGGUGACUUUCGCCAGAUUCUACCGGUGAUCCCGCAGGGUGAUCGCGGUGAUAUUAUUCAGGCCUCUCUUAACUCAUCCUAUCUUUGGCCUCACUUCGAAAUUUAUGAGCUCAGCCAAAAUAUGAGGCUCCAUAAAAUAGGGAUCGAUGAAAUAGAAGCAGAAAAAAUAGCAUCAUUUGACAGGUGGCUGCUACAGAUUGGAGAUGGUUCUCUAUAUGAAAUUCCAGACAAGGAAAUGAUAAGAAUUCCACCAGAGUUAUGCAGACCAGCAUCCGAUAGUCCAAUGGAAGACAUUGUUAGCGAGGUCUACCCUUCAUUGUUGGAAAGUUAUAGGGAUCCUGCAUACCUAAAAGAGCGUGCUAUAUUAGCACCAAAAAAUGAAGAAGUCCAUGAGUUAAAUGACUUCCUAAUGAACAUGCUGCCAGGAGAAGCAAGGACAUAUCUAAGCUCAGAUACUGUGUGCAAAGCCAGCAUUAAGGCUGAUGAUAAUGAUUUGUUAUACCCGGCAGAAUUUUUAAACAGAUUAAGAUUUAGCGGCGUCCCAAACCAUGAUAUAUGCCUUAAAGAAGGAUCUCCUGUCAUGCUCCUCAGAAAUUUAAUCAGUCGGGAGGCCUUUGUAAUGGGACGCGGUUGA